CUUAUCAGCUGUUCUGUCAAAAUAUUGUGAUAAAAAGUUCAGUGCAAAUAAAAAUAUUUUUCCAUUCAGCAUGGAUAGCGAUGAAUUUGAAGACGGUUUUGGUUUAAACAGUACCGAGGAUAAUUAUUACGCUAUUUUGAAUGUCAACAAAGAUGCUACCAUAGAGGAAAUAAAUGCAGCCUAUCGGAAAUUCAGCCGUAUGUACCAUCCCGAUAAGCAUACCAAUUUAGAAUUCAAACAAAAGGCGGAACUGUUAUUCAAUCGAGUCAAAAAAGCCUAUGAGGUUCUAUCCGAUGCACAUAAGCGAGCCAUCUACGAUGCUCUGGGUGUUAAAGGAUUAGAGACGGAAGGAUGGGAAAUCGUUCAUCGGACAAAGACACCGAACGAAAUAAAAGAGGAGUACGAACGGUUGGCUCGGGAACGGGAAGAGCGACGGCUACAGCAACGAACCAAUCCACGAGGAAAUAUCACAAUAAAUGUCAAUGCAACCGAAAUUUUCGAUUCUUACCAAGAUGAGUUUGACGACGAUGGUCCCAUCCCAUUUCCCAGUAUCGAAGUAUCGGGAAUGUCCAUAUCGCAGUCAAUCGAUGCACCGAUUACAACACGAGACACGGUUACCAUGUCCGGUAAUUUGUCAUCGCAAAAUGGAAAUGGUGCCGGAAGUUUCGUUAUAUCUGGACGUCGAUUGAUAAACAAGGGUUGGUUGGCUAUGGAUAUUGGUGCAGGCAAUGGACCAUCCGUGGGGAUCAAAGGUUCGCGCACAUUAACGGAACGAAUUUUUUGCAACGGCGGGACAACACUCAAUUUCAGACACAAUGGCAUUAUACCCGGACUGGUUGGAACUCUAGGCGUUCAGCUUGAUAAGCAUACGGUGGGAUAUUUGACCUAUACAACUGGAAUGCAGAGUUCAAUGUCCACAGUGCUCGAAUACAACACCGAGAAACAACACUUCGUUUUGACCUGCACUAUUGGCGUACCUCAUUGUUUUGUGUCGGCUAGUUAUAUGAGAAGACUGAAAGAACAGGAGCUGAAAGUGAAAGUGUCCGGAAAGUACGGCACAUUUGGAUUCAUUGCCGAAUAUGGAGCAGAAAAGAAAAUUUCUAAGUACAGUUCGGUGCACGCCUCUGUAUCGGUAGGCGUACCAACUGGUGUAAUUCUCAAAAUAAAAAUAAUUCGUGCAACGCAAUCGUUCAUAUUCCCAAUUCAGUUGAGUGAAGAAAUUGUGCCAGCCGCCGUUUUCUACGCUUCCGUAACACCGCUGCUCGUCUGGCUUUUGGUCAGAAAAAGUAUUAUCGAGCCGAUGAACGAAAGUGAAAAGCAGAAAAUUAUCGACAAAGCGAAAGAGACUAACAAACAAAGAAUGGCGGAAAAGAAGAAGGAAGCAGAAGCUGCCGUUGAAUUGAUGGCUGCAUUGUACGAACGUAUUUCCACUGAUGAGACGAAGAAAAAGGGACUGGUCAUUACGGCAGCAUUGUAUGGGAAAUUUUCGGAUGAGGAAGUUGAUGAAGAUACAAAUUUGGAUAGCCAGGCGACUAGCUUAACUAUUGAUGUUACAAUACCACUGCAGUGUUUAAUUCGUGAUAGUAAAUUAAAGCUGCAGAAAUCUAGUAAGUCAGAACUUAUCGGAUUCUACGAUCCAUGCGUAGGCGAAGAUAAACAACUGAAAGUCGAUUAUUUCUUCAACGAAAUUAGUUACAGCGUAACAAUUUCCGAUCGAGACGAACUACAACUGCCACAGCCCAAAGGAGAACCGCAGACCUAAUAUUACUGUUCCGGAUGUAUAGAGUUCGCGCGCAGCGAAAGUGUCGUUCAGUGUUCCGUGCUGGAAAAUUUGAAAUUUUCAGUUGUUGAUAGUUUUGUUUUACUUGAUUUACUUGAUUGUUAAAACGCGAGAAACCUAAAAUUUGAUGUAGUUACAUGCAGUGACGAUGGUAGUAGAAAUGAUAAAAUAAACAUUUGGAAACAGACCCAAACUGGAAAAGCUUA